CCUAGGUGCCCUCGCAGCCUUCCGCGCAUAGCUUGCCGCCAGCGUAUCAUAGCCAUGUUCCGCUCUCUUGCGCUCGCUGCUUUCCUUGGCGCUUCCUAUGUUCUUGGGAAGCCCGUAGAUGCCGUCACCCCCAGGGUGUGCGGUACCUACAUCUCGGAUGAACACUUGGCGAAAGCCGAGGAGCACUUCCAGGCGAACAAGAUCGAGCCUGCUUCCAAGGUCGCCUCUGCCGCCGCCUCCGAGACCACGCUCAACAUCUACUUCCAUGUCAUCUCGAAGAACUCGAGUGUGGAGGGCGGCAAUGUCCCUCACUCCCAGCUGGUAGAUCAGGUCAAGGUGAUGAACGAGGACUACGCGGGCAGCGGCAUCAAAUGGAAGCUCGCGAACACGACGCGAACUAAGCACAAGUCCUGGUUCUCCGAGGUCGGGCCCGACAGCUCGCUCCAGACUGCGAUGAAAAAGAAGCUGCGCCAGGGCGGCAAGGCGGAUCUGAACGUGUACACCGUCGGUUUCGAGAGCGGCAGCGGCGCCGGUCUUCUCGGCUACUCGACCUUCCCGUCAUCGUAUGACAGCAAUCCCCAGGACGAUGGCGUCGUCAUGCUCUUCUCGUCCGUGCCUGGUGGUUCGACCGAAAACUACAACCUCGGCCGCACGCUUACGCACGAGGCUGGACACUGGGUCGGGCUGUACCACACCUUCCAGGGCGGAUGCUCCGGCUCUGGCGAUCAUGUUUCCGACACGCCCGCUGAGGCCUCGGCUGCCUCUGGAUGCCCGAGCAGCCGGGACACUUGCUCAUCUUCCGGUGCUGACCCUAUCCAUAACUACAUGGACUACACCUACGACUCCUGCAUGAACCAAUUCACAGACGGCCAGAUCAAGCGCCUCAAAUCCCAGAUGGCCACUUAUCGCGAUGUUUCUCUGUGAUUCCCGCAGUAUGCCUGGGAUCCGGAUGCCUUCAUUCGUUCAGAUCUAGAUACCCUGUAGAAAAGUCGAUAGCACUAAAACAACGGAAACUUG